AGGUUUGUGAAAGGUGUGCUGUGUUUGAAGGGAUUUAGUUCAGAAGGGAAGGCUGUUCAGUUACUUGCCGGGCAGGACUUUGUAACAUCGUGGUGGAUCCAAAGAAACUUUGCUGCUCCAGCUCUUGUUGUUUGAAUGGGAGGAGGAGGCAGAACAAUCAUGCUGGUCUACUGCUGAGGAGGCUGAACCCCUUACAGACACACACUACCAUCAGUCUACAUUGCUUGUUUCUUCAGCUUUGCACUGGACUGGAGCUGGUUCCAGCUUUUCUCCUUUUCUUCUGUUUUACUGCUACUACUAUUUUUUUGUUGUUGUUUGGGAGGCCUGAGAACUGUGCAUUGGGUUGCUUCCCUACCCUUUUUAUGAGUUGAAGGCAUUUUAAUUGUUUAUUUGGAAGCAAAUGGAAUUACAGAGAGCAUCCAGCAUGCCUGGACCCUUAUCCCCCGGCCCCAGCCCUAGCCCUAGCCCUGAACCUAGCUUCACAGCUCAGGUACCAUUUAAUUACAACCAGUUGGAAGGAAGAUUUAAACAGUUGCAAGACGAACGUGAAGCUGUUCAAAAGAAAACUUUCACAAAAUGGGUGAACUCGCACUUGGCGCGUGUAUCCUGCCGAAUUACAGACCUAUACAUGGACCUGCGCGAUGGCCGCAUGCUAAUCAAACUGCUGGAAGUGCUCUCUGGGGAGAGACUUCCCAAGCCAACAAAGGGAAGAAUGCGUAUCCACUGUCUGGAGAAUGUCGACAAGGCCCUUCAGUUCCUCAAAGAACAGAGGGUGCAUUUAGAGAACAUGGGAUCACAUGAUAUUGUGGAUGGGAAUCACAGAUUGACGCUUGGCCUUAUUUGGACCAUCAUUCUCAGGUUCCAGAUCCAAGAUAUCCGCGUUGAGACUGAAGACAACAAGGAGAAGAAAUCUGCGAAGGAUGCCUUGCUGCUGUGGUGCCAGAUGAAGACUGCUGGUUAUCAAAAUGUCAACAUUCGCAACUUCACCACCAGCUGGAGAGACGGCAUGGCUUUCAAUGCACUUAUUCACAAACAUAGGCCUGACCUGAUUGAUUUUGAUAAGCUGAAGAAAUCCAACGUUCACUACAAUCUGCAGAACGCUUUCAACCUUGCAGAGCAACACCUUGGUCUCACCAAGCUCCUGGACCCAGAAGAUAUCAGUGUGGACCAGCCUGAUGAAAAGUCCAUCAUCACUUAUGUGGUAACAUACUACCACUACUUCUCCAAGAUGAAGGCUUUGGCUGUAGAAGGAAAGCGUAUUGGAAAGGUGCUUGACAAUGCCAUUGAGACAGAGAAGAUGAUUGAAAAGUACGAGUCCCUGGCUUCUGACCUCUUGGAGUGGAUCGAACAAACCAUCAUUAUCCUGAACAAUCGCAAGUUUGCCAACUCUCUUGUUGGUGUACAGCAGCAGCUACAGGCCUUCAACACAUACCGCACAGUGGAGAAGCCCUCUAAGUUUACAGAAAAGGGUAACCUGGAAGUGCUUCUUUUCACCAUUCAGAGCAAGAUGAGAGCGAACAACCAGAAAGUAUACCUGCCCAGAGAGGGAAAACUCAUCUCAGAUAUUAACAAGGCCUGGGAAAGACUGGAAAAAGCAGAGCAUGAACGGGAGCUGGCACUGAGGACUGAGUUGAUAAGGCAAGAGAAACUGGAACAGCUGGCCCGCCGUUUCGACCGCAAGGCAGCCAUGAGGGAGACCUGGCUGAGCGAGAAUCAGCGGCUCGUCUCGCAGGACAACUUUGGGUAUGACCUGCAGGCAGUGGAGGCCGCCACCAAGAAGCACGAAGCAAUUGAGACUGACAUCGCGGCCUAUGAAGAGAGAGUGGAGGCGGUGCUGGCUGUGGCCAGGGAACUUGAAGCAGAGAACUACCAUGACAUCAAGCGCAUCACAGCCAGGAAAGACAAUGUGAUCCGGCUUUGGGAGUACCUUUUGGAGCUGCUCAAGGCUCGGCGCCAGCGACUGGAGAUGAACCUGGGCCUGCAAAAGGUCUUCCAGGAGAUGCUUUACAUUAUGGACUGGAUGGAUGAGAUGAAGAUGCUUUUGCUGUCUCAGGAUUAUGGAAAGCACUUGCUUGGUGUGGAAGAUCUACUGCAGAAACACACUCUGGUUGAAGCUGACAUUGGUAUUCAGGCAGACAGAGUCAAGGCGGUCAAUGCAUCUGCUCAGAAAUUUGCAAGUGAUGGAGAAGGUUACAAGCCAUGUGACCCCCAGGUUAUCCGUGACCGGGUGGCACACAUGGAGUUCUGUUAUCAGGAGCUGUGCCAGCUAGCGAUGGAGCGCAGGGCCCGUCUUGAGGAAUCGCGUCGCCUCUGGAAGUUCUUCUGGGAGAUGGCAGAGGAGGAGGGAUGGAUCCGAGAGAAGGAGCAGAUCUUGUCGUCUGACGACUACGGUAAAGACCUGACCAGCGUGUUGCGCCUCCUGAGCAAACACAAGGCCUUCGAGGAUGAAAUGAGCGGCCGAUACACUCACCUGCAGCAGACGAUACGGGAAGGAGAGGAAAUGAUCGCUGAUGACCACUUUGGCUCUGACAAGAUCAGGGAGCGGAUCAUGGACAUUCAGGAGCAGUGGGCCAACCUGGAGCAGCUGUCCGCCAUCAGGAAGAAACGCCUGGAGGAGGCUUCCAACCUGCACCAGUUCCAGGCCGAUGCCGACGACAUUGACACUUGGAUGCUUGACGUCCUCCGGAUCGUCUCCAGCAGCGACGUGGGCCACGACGAGUACUCUACCCAGUCACUGGUCAGGAAACACAAAGAUGUGGCUGAAGAGAUCGCCAGCUACCGUCCUGUCAUCGACACCCUGGAGGAGCAGUCCAAGGCCCUCCCCGAAGAGCACGCCCAGUCCCCAGAGGUCCUGGGCAGGCUAUCUGGGAUUGAGGAGAGGUACAAAGAGGUCACCGAGCUCACCAGGCUGCGCAAGCAAGCUCUACAAGACGCUCUGGCCCUUUACAAGAUGUCCAGCGAGGCUGAUGCCUGCGAGCUCUGGAUCGAUGAAAAGGAACAGUGGUUGAUCAGCAUGCAGAUCCCAGAGAAACUUGAAGAUCUGGAAGUAAUCCAGCACAGGUUUGAAAGUUUGGAACCGGAAAUGAAUAACCAGGCUUCCCGUGUGGCUGUAGUCAACCAGAUUGCUCGCCAGCUGAUUCACAGUGGACACCCCAGCGAGAAAGAAAUCAAAGCCCAGCAGGAUAAACUUAAUACCAGAUGGAGCCAGUUCCGUGAUUUGGUGGACCAAAAGAAAGAUUCUCUCAGUUCUGCUUUGGGUGUUCAGAACUACCACCUGGAAUGUAACGAAACCAAAUCGUGGAUCAGGGAGAAGACCAAAGUCAUUGAAUCCACUCAGGAGCUGGGCAACGACCUGGCCGGAGUCAUGGCCCUGCAGAGGAAACUGACAGGAAUGGAGAGAGACCUUGCAGCCAUCGAGGACAAGCUGGGCGACCUGCAGAAGGAGGCUGAAAGGCUGGCCGCAGAACACCCCGAUCAGGCUCAAGCCAUAAUGGGUCGUCUGGCAGAGAUCACAGACGUCUGGGAGGAGAUGAAGACCACCCUGAAGAACCGUGAGGAGUCCCUGGGCGAAGCCAGCAAGCUUCAGCAGUUCCUACGAGACCUGGAUGACUUCCAGUCCUGGCUCUCGAGGACCCAGACCGCCAUCGCCUCAGAGGACAUGCCCAACACCUUGACGGAGGCCGAGAAGCUGCUCACCCAGCAUGAGAACAUCAAGAAUGAGAUCAACAACUACGAGGAGGACUACCAGAAGAUGCGCGACAUGGGCGAGAUGGUCACGCAAGGCCAGACGGAUGCCCAGUACAUGUUCUUGCGCCAGCGCCUGCAGGCCCUGGACACCGGCUGGAACGAGCUGCACAAGAUGUGGGAGAACAGACAGAGCCUGCUGUCUCAGUCCCAUGCCUACCAGCUGUUCCUCAGAGACACAAAACAAGCAGAAGCAUUCCUCAAUAACCAGGAGUAUGUGUUGGCACACACUGAGCUGCCCACCACCCUGGAGUCUGCAGAGGCUGCAAUUAAGAAACAGGAGGACUUCAUGACCACCAUGGAUGCCAAUGAGGAGAAAAUCAACGCAGUGGUGGAAACGGGCAGGAGACUCGUUAGUGACGGGAACAUCAACUCUGACAAGAUCCAGGAGAAGGUGGACUCCAUAGAUGACAGGCAUAAAAAGAAUCGUGAGGCUGCCAGUGAACUCCUGAUGAGACUCAAGGACAACAGAGACCUGCAGAAAUUCCUUCAGGACUGCCAGGAGCUGUCCCUUUGGAUCAAUGAGAAGAUGCUUACAGCGCAGGACAUGUCAUACGAUGAAGCCAGGAACUUGCAUAGCAAAUGGCUGAAACACCAGGCGUUCAUGGCCGAGCUGCAGUCCAACAAGGAGUGGUUGGACAAAAUUGAAAAGGAUGGCAUGCAGCUUGUUGCAGAGAAACCGGAGACUGAGGUGGUUGUCAAGGAGAAGCUGUCAUCCCUUCACAAAAUGUGGGACGACCUGGAAUCCACCACCCAGACCAAGGCACAGUGUCUCUUCGAUGCCAACAAGGCGGAGCUGUUCACCCAGAGCUGUGCUGACCUUGACAAGUGGCUGAUGGGUCUGGAGGGACAGAUCCACUCCGACGAUUACGGCAAAGACUUGACCAGCGUCAGCAUCCUAUUAAAGAAACAGCAGAUGCUGGAGAACCAAGUGGAGGUACGGAAGAAGGAAGUGGAGGAGCUGCAGGGCCAGGCCAAGGUCCUGAGUCUGGAAGGUAAAGACACAGACGAAGUGGACGGCAGGAGGCAGGUGGUGGAGCAGAAGUUCAAUGAGCUGCUGGCGCCGCUCCAGCAGAGGAAGAACUAUCUCAUGGCCUCCAAGGAGAUUCACCAGUUCAACAGAGACGUGGAGGAUGAGAUUUUGUGGGUUGAAGAAAGAAUGGCAAUUGCAACUUCCACAGACCAUGGUCACAACUUACAAACCGUGCAGCUUCUUAUCAAGAAAAAUCAGACUCUUCAGAAGGAAAUCCAAGGCCAUCAGCCACGUAUUGACGACAUCUUCGAGAGAAGCCAAAACAUUCUCAGUGACGGCAGUCCCAAUGCAGAAGCCAUUCGACAGAGGCUGGCAGGGCUGCAGGAGCUGUGGAAUCUCAUGAUCGAGGAGACGGAGAAACGUCACGCCCGGCUGGAGGAAUCCCACAAGGCUCAGCAGUACUACUUCGACGCUGCAGAGGCCGAGGCCUGGAUGAGUGAACAGGAGCUGUACAUGAUGUCAGAAGAGAAGGCUAAGGAUGAGCAGAGCGCAGUUGCAAUGCUGAAGAAACACCAGAUCUUGGAGCAGGCUGUAGAAGAUUAUGCUGAAACAGUGCACCAGCUCUCCAAGACCAGCCGUGCAUUAAUAGCAGCUGGACAUCCAGAGAGUGAACGUAUCGGCAUGCGACAAUCCCAAGUGGACAAACUCUAUGCCGGCUUGAAGGACCUGUCUGAGGAGAGGCGGGGGAAGCUGGACGAGAGGAAUCGGCUCUUCCAGCUGAACCGAGAGGUAGAUGACCUGGAACAGUGGAUCGCAGAGAGGGAAGUGGUGGCCGGGUCACACGAGCUGGGACAAGACUACGAACACGUUACUAUGCUGCAGGAACGUUUCCGUGAGUUUGCCCGUGACACCGGCAACAUUGGGCAGGAACGAGUGGAUGCCGUCAACCAAAUGGCGGAUGAGCUGAUCAAUUCCGGGCAUUCAGACGCUGCCACGAUCGCAGAGUGGAAGGACGGUCUCAAUGAGGCCUGGGCAGACCUCCUGGAGCUCAUUGACACCAGAACGCAGAUCCUGGCUGCCUCUUACGAACUGCAUAAAUUCUAUCACGAUGCCAAGGAGAUCCUUGGGCGCAUCCACGACAAACACAAGAAGUUGCCCGAGGAGCUGGGGCGAGACCAGAACACCGUGGAAGCACUUCAGCGAAUGCACACAACGUUCGAGCACGACAUCCAGGCCUUGGGCUCACAGGUGAGACAGUUGCAAGAGGAUGCUGCCCGUCUUCAGUCUGCUUAUGCAGGAGACAAGGCUGAUGAUAUCCAGAAGAGGGAGAAUGAAGUGCUGGAAGCCUGGAAGAUGCUGCUGGAUUCCUGCGAGGGUCGUCGGGUCAGACUGUUUGACACCGGGGACAAGUUCCGCUUCUUCAGCAUGGUGCGAGACCUCAUGCUUUGGAUGGAGGAUGUCAUCCGUCUGAUUGAGUCCCAGGAAAAACCCAGAUCCAGACUUGCCCUCUUCAUCGGAACACAGAAACUUGCUGAAUGCUGGGAUGUUUCGUCGGUCGAGUUACUGAUGAAUAACCACCAGGGGAUUAAAGCAGAAAUUGAUGCCCGUAACGACAGUUUUACUACCUGCAUUGAGCUCGGCAAGUCUCUCCUGGCACGGAAACACUACGCAUCAGAGGAGAUUAAAGAGAAGUUGUUACAGCUGACAGAUAAAAGAAAAGACAUGAUUGACAAGUGGGAAGACAGAUGGGAAUGGCUAAGACUGAUACUGGAGGUGCACCAGUUUUCCCGGGACGCUGGUGUGGCGGAAGCCUGGCUGCUGGGGCAGGAGCCCUACCUGUCCAGCCGAGAGAUUGGGUUGAGUGUGGAUGAGGUGGAGAAGCUGAUUAAGAGACAUGAGGCAUUUGAGAAGUCAGCAGCUACUUGGGAAGAAAGAUUCUCUGCACUGGAGAGACUGACGACACUGGAAUUACUGGAAGUUCGAAGGCUGCAAGAAGAGGAGGAGAGGAGGAGGAAGCCCCCCUCACCAGAGCCCCUCCCCCAGCCUGCAGAGGAUUCAGAGUCACCACAACAGUGGGACGGAAAAGGAGAGCAGAUCUCUCAGAACGGAUUGCCUUCGGACCAGGAGUCUCCACGGGUGACAGAUGCUGUUGAUGCAGGUGAAAUUGUAAACGGAGUAGCAGAGCAAAGGACCAGCUCGAAAGAGCCCAGCCCGAUUCCCUCUCCAUCAUCGGACCGCAAAGCCAGGGGUUCCAUUCAGGCAGCCACAAUGCCGACUAAAUCACAAGAUAUAACUACUCAGAUGGAAGGGGUUCUGCAUCGCAAGCACGAGUGGGAGGGACACAAUAAGAAGGCAUCCAGCAGAUCCUGGCACAAUGUUUAUUGUGUGAUAAACAACCAGGAAAUGGGCUUCUAUAAAGACUCUAAGAACGCCAGUCAAGGCAUUCCAUACCACAGCGAGAUUCCAGUCAGCUUGAAAGAGGCCAUCUGCGAGGUGGCGAUAGACUACAAGAAGAAGAAACAUGUCUUCAAGUUACGAAUAACUGAUGGCAAUGAGUACCUCUUCCAAGCCAAAGACGAUGAGGAAAUGAACACCUGGAUUCAGGCCAUCUCAUUAGCAAACACCUCAGAAAAGUCAGAGGUGUCCCCGAGCAGCCAGAGCACUCCAGCCUCUAGCCGCGCACAGACCCUGCCAACCAGCGUCACCGUGAUGAACGACUCAAGCCCUGGCAAAAGGGAGAAGGACAAGGAGAAGGACAAGGAGAAGAGAUUCAGCCUGUUCGGCAAGAAAAAAUAACAUGGCGCAUCUUAAUGCACUGCACUUCUCUUCCAUUUACAGUGAAAUUCCAGCAUGCAAGCUCAGAACCAAUACGUCACACUCUGUGCCUAAUGUUCCACAAAAUUGGUUUUAGAUGUAAUUUUAGGGAGAGUUUUUAAAGAAAAAAAAGGAAAGAAUUUGAAGACAUAGGGUGCGAGGUACACUGGGCAGCUUUCAUUUUAAAAGAAAUAAAGACAGGACCAGAGUUUGUUUUUUUUUUUUUUUGGUCUGUAGUUUUAGGGUCUAAAAAUUUCAACAUUUCCUCAAUUUUGUGAGGCUGUCUUGGGAACCACCUACAUCCUUUUGCUGUUGGUAUGCAAGGCAGCGGUGCUUUCAAAAACAUUCUUUCGUUCUGCACAUAUGAUUCCAACUGUAAAAUUCCAAAAACAUUUGUUAAAUUCCAUUUAUUAAGGUUGCUGUGCUGAGUCCUGACUAAUUUAAAAAAACAAAACCUUCCAUCCAUUAUAGACUUUAAGAAGGUAUAUCAUCUUUGCUAAUUAUACCUAAUAUAAACAUGCAUUAAUUUGGAUACAAAAUCAUUAUAACCUAGCACCAUCUAUUAACCACAAAUGCUGGGGCUUUAUGCAGCAAGUGUGACACAAUAAGAAUGAUGGUUAUAUAAGAAUGAUUAGUAUACUGAAACUAUUUUAAAACUGUAAUUUUAAACAUAUUCCUCUUUGUGUUUUUUUUAUUUGUUCUUUAGUUGCAUUAUACUGUAUGUUUCAAAAUUCUAGUACAAAGUAUAAAAAACUAGAUGUAUAAUAAACACUUUAAAGCAUUGAUGUUAAGUGGAAAAGCAUUUACUGGAAAAAAAAAGGAAUGUUACUGAAACGGUUGCUUGCUUGUUGGCUAUAGCACUGUUUGUUAUAAUUUUUGCUACAUUAUCUUGCCAUUUGAUACAUAGUGUGCAUUUAUCUGUCACUGUAACUAUUGUAAUGCAAUUGUUCAUUUUAUUGCACAUUCAAAAAUGACAUAAUAGGAAUAAAAUUCUCGCAGUGACUGGGCCUGUAGUCGUAUAGCACAAGGGCCUGGCUUUCAGAUGUAUUCAACUGCACCUGUAGACUUUUACCCUCUCUGUGAAAUAUGUGCGACGUCAUUAAAAUGCUUUUAAAACGUAUUGUGUUUUUAAAAAAAACAUUUAUUAGCCAAUCAAUAACAAUAAAAUGCCACCAAUCUGUUAACCGUC